GGCGCGCUCAUGGAGCACACGCACGCCCACCUCGUAGCCAACACCUCGCUGUCCUGGUCCCCCGGCUCGGCCUGCGGCUUGGGCUUCGUGCCCGUGGUCUACUACAGCCUCUUGCUGUGCCUCGGUUUACCAGCAAAUAUCCUGACGGUGAUCAUCCUCUCUCAGCUGGUGGCUAGAAGGCAGAAGUCCUCCUACAACUAUCUCCUGGCCCUUGCUGCUGCUGACAUCCUGGUCCUCUUCUUCAUUGUGUUCGUGGACUUCCUAUUGGAAGAUUUCAUCUUGAACAUGCAGAUUCCUCAGGUGCCCGACAAGAUCAUAGAAGUGCUGGAAUUCUCGUCCAUCCACACCUCCAUUUGGAUUACUGUCCCGUUGACCAUCGACCGCUACAUCGCAGUGUGCCAUCCACUCAAGUACCACACGGUCUCCUACCCCGCCCGCACCAGGAAAGUCAUCGUGAGUGUCUACGUCACCUGCUUCCUGACCAGCAUCCCUUACUACUGGUGGCCCAACAUCUGGACUGAGGAUUACAGCAGCACCUCCAUCCAUCAUGUGCUCAUCUGGAUUCACUGCUUCACUGUGUAUUUGGUGCCCUGCUCCAUCUUCUUCAUCUUGAACUCAAUCAUCGUGUACAAGCUCAGGAGGAAGAGUAACUUCCGCCUCCGCGGUUACUCCACAGGGAAAACCACCGCCAUCUUGUUCACCAUUACCUCCAUCUUUGCCACUCUGUGGGCUCCCCGCAUCAUCAUGAUUCUCUACCACCUGUACGGGGCACCCAUCCAGAACCGCUGGCUGGUGCACAUCUUGUCCGACAUUGCCAACAUGCUGGCCCUUCUGAACACGGCCAUCAAUUUCUUCCUCUACUGUUUCAUCAGCAAGCGGUUCCGCACCAUGGCAGCCGCCACCCUCAAGGCCUUCUUCAAGUGCCAGAAGCAACCCGUACAGUUCUACACCAACCAUAACUUUUCCAUAACGAGUAGCCCCUGGAUCUCGCCAGCCAACUCGCACUGUAUCAAGAUGCUGGUGUACCAAUAUGACAAAAAUGGAAAGCCUAUAAAAGUGUCCCCGUGACCUCGUAGGUUUGGCACCCCGUGCCUCUGAGUGAUCCAUUUCCAGAUGGGAGGUGGCCCGUCCUGGGGCUGAACCGCUCUUCUUAAGAGUGCUCACCCGAUUUCCUGUCUCCACAGACUGAGCGCCUCUCAGACUGGUCGAUGAGAAAAGGUGCAAGCGAAGAACAAAAAGCAUGAAUCGUGUCUUCACUUGUGCAUUUAUUUUCACCAAGUCACACCGGCCGCAAAAGUUCCUACUGGUUUGAAAACGCCGCUGGGGUUGUGCCACCAUGGCCCACAUGGCCAGGAAGGGUACACGGUAGAGAGACAGUCUAGGAUGUGGCCUGGGCACCCUCCCCCAUCACUGGGAACGCUCAUUUCUGUGAUGUACCAAGCCACAGUAGCUCGUAGCUGAGCCCACAGUCUUCUUCCAGAUCUGAGAUCAUUCAUCGCUUCCCUGUGCUGCCCCCAGCAGCUAACACUGCUAACCAGUUUUGCAAGGUGCCCGCGGUUGCAGAGAGGCAUGGCACCUUUAGACAACGACUGGCACUGUGGGGGCGGAGAAGUAUGGCAUUCCAUCGAAACUUAGACCGAGCAUCUACAGAAAGGCUCCAAACCAACAUCGCCAUAACCCUCAGGCCUGGAGUCUAAGAGGCAGUCUCUGUCAUUUAUGUAUAGAUUUUAAUCUAGCUCCUCCACAACAAAGACCCUGCCUGGUGCAUGGGGGGGAAAGGAGGAAUUCUUGAGCCCAGAAAAACAAAAAAAUAAGCCCACUCUUGCCAUCGUUUCAACCCACCCACUUGUCUGCUGUGUACGAUCCCUUCACUCAAAUUAGCCUCUUGAGCUUCUUGAGCUUCCUGGAGAAGCCUUUGAUGUGGUCAGUUGCCAAUCCUGCCUCCUUGCUUGCUGAAAGCUUCGCCGAUUUGUUUUGCUGGAGGUGACUUCCAAACUGGAUUUAAUUUUUGAGGGUCAGGAACUGUGGGUCUCUGGGCAUGACAGGAGAUGUCUGCAGCUCUGUGCCCAUCCCGCUGACAUUGCCCUUCGACCACAAAUGCAGAUACAAUUAGCAGGGAGAAGUGCCCACUUCUGCUAGUUUGCCCUUUGAUGCACGUGGCUCAGAGGGUGGUGCCAGUUUUCAGUGAAGCUAUUUAAUCCAGAUCCUUUGCAAACUUGUAAAGUAAGAAUCUUGCCUGUUCCAGCCAAGAAUAAUACUGGGGUGAAAUGAGCAGGGGCUGCCUUGGGAAUUAACACUCACAACAUGCACAUGCACACACAUAUCUGAUUAUAUCAGGCUUCUGAGGACUCAGUAUUUUGAAGGAGAAGUCCCAGGGUUCCCCUUACCCCUUUUUUGGAAAAAAAAAAAAAAAAACUUCUCUCCCAGGUCCCCAGUAUUUGAAGUUAUCUCCAUUCUGGAAGAUAUCUCCCAAUGUGACUUCAGCAUCGGCUGAUAUUUUUGAUGACCAAGCAAAAAGCAGACAAUCCCCCUAGAAUACUUAACUCCUCAGUCUAGAUUGUCACUGUAUUUUUGUCCCUAAAUUGGAAGACGUGUCUAAUCUUUUUGAGGGAAUUUGCAGUAAAUGAGUGUGUUUAGAAAAGGCCCGAAUGUAACACAAUCUCUAAACUUCAGUCAUCUCCCUCACUGCUAAUUGAAUAUAAUUUUAGGUCAUCUUAGUCCUGAUGAUCCUAAUUCCUACCCCUUUUUAGAUGAUUGCAGUUGCAGUAGAGUCUCAUCUUACCCAAAGAUUAAAAUCUAAAGUCAGCUCAACAACAACAACAAAAUCCAGUAGAAGCAAAUCAUCACUGCAAAGUUCUCAGGAAGGAGUGUUGGUACCAUAGUCUAUCCUUAGAAAAACCUAACACAACUAUUUUUCUCCAGCCCUGGAACAGGCUGCUGUGUCUUGGGUUGAGGGCAAGAUAUAGUUGGCUUCUUUAAGGGGCCCCGCCAUAUGGUGGCAUUGGUACAGCACAUUGCCCCUUCACUUAGGUUCCUGGAAGUUGAUUGAUGGAGGGACCAGCAGACACGCAUCUCCCAUGAGGUGUGCCCCCCACCAUGGCACCUGCACAGAGAGUGGAAUGACGGCAGGGCCUCCCCCUUUCUCGGGUUGCCUUUCUCUCUUUGUUUCUUUUGCCAAGCACGUGCAGUUGAAUAGUGUUCAUUCAAUGUGUGUACCACGCGAUUCCACCACACCCCCUUCUGGAUGAACAUUGACCAAAGGCUACCUACACCGAAUAUAUAGAUAUAUAUUUAUUUAUUUAUUUUCUAAAUGCAUAGCUCUUAAAAAUGCUAGUUUGAGCUAUAUGUGAAUGAGUCACAGUGCAAUAUCCAUAAAGAUUAAGCAAGUCCUUCGUGCGAAUGUAAGAUGGAAAACAUGGAGUGGAUUCCAGUGGUCUCUGUUCUACGUUUUCAAUGGUGAUGUAAAAAUUGUUUAAAAAGAAAAAAAACUGGGUGUGCAUUUGAAAUGUUUUACUCACACUCUCCUUUAUUAUUUCUCUUAUCAGUAGAGACUCUCCCACGUGGUGUUCUGACCUCUUUUCCUUCUGAGUGUAUUUUCUAUUUUGACAAAUAAUAUUUAAAAGUGGUCUGACUCUUGACGGCCUUCCAGGGAAUUGUUAUCUUCUGGUGAAAAUGUAUAUGAAUGCCCAGUAGGUUAGGUGCACACAUACCUCCUAACCUUUGCAGAGUUUAUUUCAGAUCACCGAGAGACUUAAUUUAUUAUUAUUUAUAGUAAUAAUUAUGGGCAUCAUAAUUUUUCUUAAAAUUUCCAGUUUUUUUCUUUCAGGCCAGUUUUGGAAAUCAAACCUUGACUUUUGAAGUGUGUCGUGUCAACAGCUGCUGCUGGUGGUGCUUCUGCCACCACCUGGCCUAGGACUUGUGUGAUGCCUCUCGUGUAACUGUGUCCUUGGCUGAGCAUGCAGUGAUGUUACGCCUGUACAUGCGGGGUCUAUUGAGAAACUCAAGGACUGGACAGUCUCGUGGAAAAGACACUGAGGCUGACAGCCAACCAGGAAAAGACUGACUGAAAAGGCAUGAGUUUCCAUUUUGCAAACAGCCUGCAAAUGCAAAAAGAUGACAUUGCACAGUUACUGCCUGGCCCAGCCUAAAGGUCCUUUCUGGAGUGAAUAAAAGACUAAUGUCAGCUAUUCCAGCUCAAAGAAUGGAAUAGAAUGUAACCAUAGAAAAUUAGUAAAUGUUCAUAUUUUCUUAAUUAGAUACUAUAUUGUGUUUGGACUUGUUUGUAUUAUAAUA